AUGAACACAUCUGAUUGGUUGACCUCGGAUGCACUGUUCUGGCUCGUUAUGCUUGCGAUUACUGCAGGCACAAGAAGUUCAGGUAUAGCCCGUCUCCGGUCCCAGGAUAUCAAAUCUGAUUCUGCCAGAUGCACAAGGGAGCUUCCCAAAUGCGGAGAAUGCAAGCCAUGGCCUGUUCCGUGUACCUAUUCACGGGAUAUCCCGGAUACUGGUACCAGUUCGACAACUACAGCUCCUUUGGCAAAUACUAAGAAACCCAAUGAUGUUCAACUUCAACUACAAAACAUUGAGAAGGCAAUUCGAGACCUGAAUGAUGUCGUUAACAAAGCGGUGGUCGCCAUAAAAGAGGUCUCAUCGACUUCGCGGAAGGCGGAGACAAAUCUUCAGGCUGCUCCAGCUGAGACUAACGAUCAAAAUUCCAGAUUGGCUCAAGGCUACCAGUUGAUAGGAAAAUUCCUAGAAAGCGUCUGCCUGGGCGAUGCAUUCUUCACGGCACCAUCCGAAGAGCUCGUUCUCCAAGUAAUAUUCAAGCCCGAAGGAGUUUCACGAAAAGCUUGGAUCGUUUAUAUCAACUAUAUGAUUCUUGCGAUGCUAUCUGAGGAUCAAAGCACACAAGCAAAAGGCUUUCGACACAACGUGAAAUUAGCCCUUAAUGACAGCAACAUAUUCCUGGAGCCGCAUCUCGUACACCUACAGACUCUCAUUUUACUGGCAAUUCACGGAGAAGAUUAUGCUUCCCCAAGUCUCUCGUGGAUGCUUGUGGGCCAUGCAUGUCGUCAAGCCGAGGCACUGGGACUUCACUUGUCCAAUGGCUCAGACUUCGAGACGCAUCAGAGACGAUUGAGUUUAUUCUGGAUGCUAUUCGCUGUCGAUAAAUCUUGCUCGUUAGCAUUUGGCCGACAAUGCUUCCUUCCGUCUACAACAUAUGCCAAAGUUGCGCUCCCGGAUCUGGGGCACUUGACACGUUUUCAGCCUCGAUCUGAUUCCGCAGAUAGGCCACCAAAAUCAUCUAUCUUCGGAGCCCAUAUGUUCCUCGCGCGAAUGGAACUUGCAAGGUUGGAGGGUGCUGUUUUACAUCUGGUCAAUAGCGAAGUGCUAGGGACAAGUAGGAACCAGUUAAGAGCGGAUCUGACGGAAUGGCAUACUCGAACAAAUCAGGUGCUUCACAACAUCUUCAACACAGAAAGAGCUUCAUCAAGUCCGAAUCAGCUGAGAGAAAUGUCACUGGGCAUAAGCACUAUGCAUUUUGAGUAUCUACAUGUCUUUAUGGUUCUCACUAGGGCUGAUGCAUCUUCCGCGGCUUCAAGGCAUGAAGCUGCGCGAGAUGCUAUCUCCCUUCUUCCAUCAUUAGUGUCUAAUUGGACGUCCAUUUACAAUCCCAUGACGUGGCAUCUACUUUACUUCCCCUUCAUACCAUUCUUCGUUAUAUUUGAGGAUUUAGUACAGGGUCGAGCCUCGACGGCGGCGACUAAAAAGCAGCACGAUAUCGAGCUUUUGUCAACAACAGUUUCUUACUACUCUAGCUUACGCGACCAGUUCCAACUACUAGCCCCUCUGUGUGAACGCCUCAAGAAGGUUGCAGAUGUGUUCCACCGCUUUGCUGUUGUUCUAGCUGGAGAUAGGGGCACUUUGGGGCAGGACAAAGAGUUGCUUCAACAUUUUCCUGAUGGCGGUAUAUCGCACAACAGGACUUUGGAUAGAAAUGUCUCCAUUACUUUCGAAGAAAUUCGGGCUGAGCUUGCAAAUGAGAUCGGCGAUGAUUUGAAACAGUAUCUAGAGUGGCUCCCGGCAGAUAUACUUUCUGUUCCAUCUGGAUCACUGGGAGAUGUAUCAAGCGGGAACAUGACCGAAGAGACGUUUAACAAUUUUCCAACUGGUGUACAAGAGGAAGGACCGCGCGGUACGAAGCGUCCCUUCGACGUCAUGUUUGACUGGUUUGCUUGGGAUUCUUAG